AUGUGGAAAGAUGGUAAAGAUUUCCCUGCAGACUGUGGUCGAAGGUUACUUCCAGCCUACAUCGACCAGAGAGCACGGGAGGAGCCGAAUAGCCCGUGGUGCUCUCUUCCCAUAGACGACUAUGAUCUGUCCAAGGGUUUCGAAGAUAUAUCUAUCGGCCGCUUUGCAAAUGCAAUCAACAAGCUGGCAUGGUUCAUCGACUCGACUAUUGGGAAGUCGACCUCUUUCGAGACCGUGGCGUACCUCGGCGUGGCAGACAUCCGCUACCACAUGAUCCAGAUGGCAGUCUGUAAAACAGGGCACAAGGUGUUGUUUUCGUCGCAGGUGAAUAGCAAGGCAGUCCACCUCUCCUUGAUGGAGCAGACUGACUGCAAAGCAUUUCUUUCGGCGCUUGGAGUCCAUGUCCGCGACAUCCUGGCGGACAGACCGAUGAAGCACGCCGUCAUUCCUGAAUUGGACGAUCUCCUGGACGCCGAUGAGGUGCCUCACUGGCCUUACACCAAGACGUACGAAGAAGCCGAACACGACCCAUAUGUGGUCCUACAUACGAGUGGAACGACAGGAGACCCGAAACCCAUCGUGUGGAAUCACAGAUUCAUGGCGACGCAAGAUCGUCAGUUGCUGCUUGAUGAUGUCCAGGGAAGAAAACAUUGUCUACUACUGACACAUCCUGGCGAGGGCGUAAGGUAUCUGCUCAAUACAUCGCCUGCACAUGCCAUCUCUGCUGGCUUUAUGAUGUGUCUUUCUGUUUUCGGCAGAGCAAUAGUCAUUCCAGGCUUCAGGCACCAUGGCGUGAGCCCGAGCGACCUUUGCCAGAUCCUCCCGCAGGCCAAAGUUACGAAGGGAAUAAUGACGCCAUGGAUGAUGGAAGAUCUUUCUCGCCGGCCCGACGCUGGAGACUUCAUCAGGCCUUUUGAACACGUCUGUUUUGGUGGUGCCGUGCUUUCAAAGUUCGCCGCGAGCGUAUGGGCAAAACACACGAAAAUACAGAAUGCUUGGGGCGCGACUGAGUCGCUGUUCGCGCCACAACUCGAGGCCGAUAACGAAGACUUUGAAUACAACUACUUUGAUGUGUUCACAGAGGGCUACGAAUUCCGCCAUGUCGAAAACGCUGACUACGUCUCAGAAGAAGGUCUCGCGCAGGAGCUGUACGAAUUUGUCAUGGUGAUUACAGAAAAGUCGGCGCCCAUCGCAAGCUGGCACGCCCGACAAGACAUCGAUCCCUCCACCAGCUCGCCGCCGUAUCCAGAGUGGCGGACGGGCGAUCUUUGGACACCCCAUCCAGAUCCAGCCAAGGCCAAGUUCGCCUGGAAGUUUGUGUGCCGUAAGGACGACCUCAUCUCCUUCUCUACGGGCGUCAAUGGGCACCCAGGCCCCAUCGAGCGGUCCAUCAUCAGCCAUCCCAAAGCCCGCGCCGCGAUCCUCGUUGGCGCCAUGCACCAACAGCCCCUCGCGCUGAUCGAGCUCACCGAGGGCGUUCCAGUAUCACGAGACCUGGCUGUCGACAUCUGGAACCAGGCAAUCCAGCCCGCCAACGAAAAGGCACAGAUGCAUAUCCGCGUGGCCAAGACGCAUGUCCUGCUGGUUCCAGCUGGCGAGUUCGUUCGGACCGCGAAAGGGAGCACCGUCCGCAAGCUUACCGAGGCCAAGUUCAAGGAGGCAAUCGACGAGGUCUACGAGAGGUUUGGGGAUAAGUGGCAGGAUGCCAAGGAUCGCUACGGCUCCAUCUCGCAGGAGACGUCCAUUACCGUUGAGAUCUCGACCGACGGAGAGGCGACCGAGAAGGGAGCGUAAGCGAAAUUCUCUCGCAGAUCACGACCUGAACGCCCCACGUGCUGCGAGUCUGCCGCUCAUAUUGAGAUCUAAUAUGCGUCUUGUCGUGGAGAGAGUUAGUCAGCAAUGUUAGUUGCUGUCACUCUCGAGGUCUCCUUACUUCGGUGAAAAAAUAAACAUAUACCCUCUCGUUCUUUAUUGGCAUCUUCCUGUAUUGCUCCCGCUCUUUAAUGUUGAUAUUGCGACAAUGGGUCUAUCAGACGAUGCCACAG